AAGCAGCCGUAGCAGCGACUCCCGGUCACGCCGCCUCCCCCCCUCCGGCAGGACUUGUGCAGCGGAGAAGCCAGUCGGCCAUGGCGCAACUGGUGGCGCGGGGAGCCUAGCGCCGGGCCCGCCGAUCCCGGACCGCUUGCUGGACACGCUCCGCUCAGCGCUGCCUGGGACUGGCCUGGUUCCGUGCCGCUCGCUCCGCUUUGGCCCCCGGGGGGCAGCGGGACAAAAUGGCGCGGCCGGUCGUGGGGGCCCCGCUGCUGCGGUCCGCUCCUCGUUUGACUUUCCUUGUGCUGGUCCUGAUGCGCCCCGGCCCCGGCUCCGGCUCCGAGCCGCGCUGCGCCGCGAGCUGCGCUUGCACCGGGGAGCUGCUGGACUGCAGCCAUCGGGGGCUGACGGAGCUCCCCAGGGACCUCCCCACCUGGCCCGUCUAUGUAAACCUGAGCUACAACAAGUUGACGGAGAUCGAUCCUUCUGCCUUUGCAGAGCUGCUGAACUUACGGGAAGUACGCCUGAGUAACAAUGAGCUGACAGCAAUUCCAUCCCUGAGAUCUCCUUCUUCCCACAUCGUCUCCCUCUACCUGCAUCACAACAGGAUCCGCAGCAUUGAAGCAAGUCAACUGAAGCCUUACGUUGCCCUGGAAACGUUGGACCUGAGUUCCAAUGACAUCACGGAAAUACGAAGCAGCUGCUUUCCACAGGGACUUCCCAUAAAGGAGCUCAACCUGGGGAGCAACAGAAUCAGCACCCUGGAGCCUGGUGCUUUUGAUAGUCUGUCACGGUCCCUGCUAACACUUCGACUGAGUAAAAACAGGAUCACCCUGCUUCCUGUUAAGGCAUUCAAGCUACCCAGGCUAACACAACUGGAGUUAAACCGGAAUCGCAUCCGCCUGAUUGAAGGCCUGACGUUCCAUGGAUUGGACAGCUUAGACAUUCUGAAGCUGCAGCGCAACAACAUAAGCAAACUGACCGACGGGGCCUUCUGGGGUCUGGCCAAGAUGCAAGUUCUGCACCUGGAGUAUAACAGCCUGACACAAGUGAACAGCGGCUCUCUCUACGGCCUCUCAUCUCUCCACCAACUUCACCUCAGUAACAACUUGAUAUCCUACAUCAACCCCGAGAGCUGGAAGUUCUGUCAGAAGCUGCACGAGCUAAUAUUGUCCUAUAACAACCUAACCAGACUGGAUGAGGGGAGCUUGGCAGAGCUGGGAGGACUGCAUAUACUGCGACUCAGCCACAAUUCCAUCAACCAUAUUGCAGAGGGAGCUUUCAAAGGACUCAAAAACCUGCGUGUUCUGGACCUGGACCAUAACGAGAUUUCAGGCACAAUAGAAGACACCAAUGGGGCUUUUACAGGCCUCGAAAACCUAAGCAAGCUAACUCUGUUUGGAAACAAGAUCAAGUCAGUGGCCAAGAAAGCGUUCUCAGGCCUGGAGGCUCUGGAGCACCUGAACCUCAGGGACAAUGCAAUCAGGUCUGUCCAACCAGAAGCAUUUGCUAAGAUGAAAAACCUGAAGCAGCUCCACAUUAACAGCGACAGCUUCCUGUGCGAUUGCCAGCUGAAAUGGUUGCCGCAGUGGUUAGCCGAGAAGGAGCAGCAGCCUUUUGUGGUAGCCACCUGCGCCCAUCCCGAGUCGCUCAAGAGCAAGAGCAUUUUUGCUGUGCCCACAGAAAGUUUUGUGUGCGACGAUUUCCCCAAACCCCAGAUUAUUAUUCAGCCGGAGACGACCAUGGCCGUUCUUGGCAAGGAUAUCCGCUUCACCUGCUCGGCCGCAAGCAGCAGCAGCUCCCCUAUGACAUUUGCCUGGAAGAAGGACAACGAGGUCCUGCACAAUGCUGAGAUCGAGAACUUUGCCCAUGCGCGGGCCAAGAACGGUGAGGUGAUGGAGUACACCACCAUCCUGCACCUGCGGCACGUCACCUUUGCCCACGAGGGACGCUACCAGUGCAUCAUCACCAACCACUUUGGCUCCACCUACUCCAACAAGGCCCGGCUCACUGUUAAUGUGUUGCCUUCAUUUAUCAAAACCCCCCAUGACAUCACCAGCCGAACAGGAACGACAGCACGGCUGGAGUGUGCGGCCAAUGGCUUUCCCAUCCCACAAAUUGCUUGGCAGAAGGACGGGGGCACCGACUUCCCAGCAGCCCGAGAGCGCCGCAUGCACGUCAUGCCAGACGAUGAUGUCUUCUUCAUCAUGGAUGUGAAGAUAGAGGACAUGGGUGUUUACAGCUGCACGGCGCAGAACUCCGCGGGCUCCGUGCUGGCCAAUGCCACCCUGACUGUACUAGAGACACCGUCCUUGAUCCAUCCACUGGAAGACCACGUAGUGUCUGUAGGUGAAACAGUCGCCCUUCAGUGCAAAGCAACAGGAAGCCCACCUCCACGCAUCACCUGGCUGAAAGGCGACCAGCCCCUAGUAGUGACUGACAGGCAUCAUUUCACCCCUGGCAACCAGCUGCUGAUCGUUCGGAAUGUUGUGCUGGAGGAUGCUGGGAAAUACACCUGUGAAAUGUCCAAUACCCUUGGAACGGAGCGUGCGCACAGCCACGUAAGCAUCUUGCAAUCCCUUGGCUGCAGGAAGGACAGGAUGACAGUGGGGAUAAUCACCAUUGCAGUGGUGUGCAGCAUUGUGCUGACGUCUUUGGUCUGGGUGUGCAUCAUCUAUCAGACCAGAAAGAAGAGUGAAGAAUACAGCGUCACCAACACAGAUGAGACCAUUGUACCACCUGAUGUGCCAAGCUACCUGUCCUCCCAGGGGACUCUUUCUGACCGACAGGAAGUGGUCGUCAGAGUUGACAGCCAACAGCCUAAUGGGCACAUAGAGAACAAUGGUAUGUGUCAGACUGAUGCUGGAAGAGGUCCAGAUGUUGAAGCGCCCACUGUAGCUUGUAGACAGCCAAAGCUAUGUGUAGGAUAUAAUAAAGACACUUGGAAAACUGAAGACGCAGCUGAUGGAAUGCUUGUUCCAGAUAAGACAGGGUAUGGCCUGCCAGUUGUGAGCACUGACUGCAGCGGAAGUACAGAUAGCAUGAACGUCAACAUUUACCCCAAGGAUCCGGAAUACUAUUCUCAGCCAACUAAGACUAUGGAUAAUGCACAUCAAAAUGCAUUCAGCGGAAAAGAGCCAAGUAGGAGCAAGAGCAGAGGUAACAAUCCUCUUCACCCUCAGUGUGUUGGGAUUACCAGCAGUCAGAGAAUGGACACCGAUAGUACUCUGUAUCCCAGCAACCAUGACAGAAUGCCACCGUCGUCCUGCAUGAAUCAACCACUGCAUGUGGACAGACAAGGCCCUUCACAACCUUUGGUAAAUGCUUCAGAGCAUAGUAAGCUUCACUUAAAAGCUUCACCUUCAGAAGACUCAGUGAAGCAGCUAAAAGGGACUCCUGAAAUUUCACCGACAUCACUGGAUAUACAGGGUGAAGCUGAAGCUAAACAAACUCUUCUUUCCAAUGGACACCUACCCAAAUUACAGGACUCCACUCAUGAGUUUAAGCCACCCAUAAGAUCAAUGGACUGAGGGGGGGAGAAACUGCCGUGUGCAAAUGAACAAACCUACUAUUGACCUUAAUUUUUUGCACAGAAUACCUAGGCUACUUACUUCUACCUCAGCUCUUGAACUGACAGCCUCUCCAAGGAAAAGGAAAACAUGAGGUAUGAGAAACAAGCUUGUGUGGGGAACAGACUCCUACUCGAGCGUCACCUGUUUGUACAUAGUUUAAAACUUCAAUGAGAAGUAUUACUAGUUCAAAAGUUAACUUGCAUAUGAAGCACAUAAAAAUGCAAGGGACAAUUGUGUAGAGAAAAGAAAAGUAUUUGAUACAGUUGUACAUAAGAGUUUUCAUAUUAUAUAUAAAUAUAUAUAUAUCUUUUACAGAGGCUAUUUUAAUCUUAGUGCAUGGAUAACUGAGUGAAACUUCACAAAGUUUUGGCAAUAUUAUUUUCAGUAUCAGGUUGCUGUUAAAUUUUUCAAGAGAGAGAAUUCUGGUGCCUUAAUGCAUAAGCAGACCUUUAAAAACCCAUGCUGUUUCAAAGGAAUUGUCAUGCUUUGCUGUGGAAAUUCCUUUUGAUCAAACAUUGAUUGGGUUGGUUAGCACAAAUCCCCUUCCCCCUGAAAUUGAUUGCACUUAGCAGGUUUAAACUGAGAUCUUAAAUUAUUUCAAAGAAACACUAAAUAGAGUUUAUAGGAAGAGCCAAGCAAUUACCAAAAAAGAAAAAGUAAUACAUAGCAACCUGACUUUUUUUCUUCUUUAUGGAAGAACUUAAAAUUCAUUACCCUUCAGAAUUGCAGUGAGGAGCUAAAGGUUAAAUAUUAGCUGUGAUAGUCUGCAAAUUACAGCAGAACAGCACAGAGGCACAAAGUUGAAUUAAACUACUGUGCACACUUGCAAAAAGGAAAGCUAAAAUCAUUGCUAACAACAAAAAUACAGGCAGUUAAAGGAUGGGUUUUUUUCUUUUUGGAUCUGUCACAAACUUAAAGGAAAUGGCCUUGUCUACACCCACAAGUUGUACCAUUGUAACUAUAGUAGUAUACUUAAAGUGGUACAGCCCUUCCCAGUGUGAAUGCAGUUAAACUGCUCAAAAGGUGAUUCUGUGAACACAGCUUAUUCCUGUAUGGAAAGGGGAAUAAGCCACACUAGUAUCAGACAACUUUACAGAAGUAUAAGUGCAUCCAUACUGGGCUUGUAGCUAUAUUAUUGUCUCCAUAAUAAAAAUCACACCCCUAAUUUACCAUUAUGCUGGCUGUGUGCAGACUAUGCCUGAGGUACAUGAGCCAUUUCCCCUGUGCUGUCUCUUGGCUGCACAUAGAUCCCUUGAUCUGCAGCACAUCCGUGUACACACAGCCAGUAAUUGCUAUCUCCUUGUACGUGAACAUGGACUUCAGGCCCAGGAUUACCCCUUUGUGCCACAGUUCCAAGCUAGUCAGAAAUAUACUGGUUUAGAAGCAAGAGUAUGUGUGGGUAGGUGGUCUUGCUGGUUUGAAGGGAUGAGUACGAUGUGUCAGGACAGGGUCUUUAUGUUCAUCCACGAAUUAAAAAAAAACCCUGGACAAAUGGCUCUGUCAUUUAUAACUUCAGUCUGAAGCUGCUUCUGUUGGUACCUGUGGAUGGAUGGGUUGGUUUGUUUUCAGUUCUGCUAAUACAAGUUUACUAGAGUUUGGUGAUGACUACUCUGGGGGAAGGUUGGUUGGUUUUUUUUCUUUUUCUUAGAAGCAACUAAAGGCCAGUUUCAUCAGAGCAGGGUGUGGUGGAAACCCUGCUCACAUCACUACACUAACUCACCGCGGGUUUCAGAAGUCCGGGCAAUGAGACCUUAUCAAGGCCUUGAGUCAGAAAAGCAGCUGUGUUCAGAACAAUACUAAAGACCUAGUACUUUUUUAAAUGAGGGCCAAUGAGACCCACCCAUAUUAUCCCAAGCUAGACCCAGAUUCCACCUCCAUUCAAAGACUGCCACCCUUAAUAAUCGGAUUUCUCAGUCCCUUGAGGGGUGGCCUAAACCACAUUAUCACCAACCCUGGCUUUUAUGAAUAAGGCAUAAUUUAACCAGCUACCUGUCUAGCCCAGUUUCUAACUGUAGACACAUGUGCACUUUGUGGCAGGUGACUAAUUAUGUUGAGUGCCAACUUUUAACUAUUCAGCAAAUCAAAAGCGAAAGAGAUGGACGAUAGUAAAUAAAUAAACCAACAUGUAUUUGUCCCAUGAACGGAGAAAAAUAUACUUUAGAACUAACUCUGAAAGUGAAAACAACAGUGGGACAUACACAAGGAAGAUGCAAAUGACGUCAUUGACCAAUUUUGCUGGCAGAAAUGUCAUCACCGUUGCAUAUAUUAAGCACAUUUGCCACAUUAGCAUUUGAAAAUAAUGUAUUUUUAAUAACGUUAACUGUUUCAUGUUGUUACUUCCACUAAAUAUGUGAAUCUGCUGCUUCUGAGAGGCAAUGUGAAAGAGGAAGUAUUUCUUUUGUGUACAAAGUUAUUUAUUAGAAAUUUGGUACAAUAUUGUAUGUUGAAAAAAAUGUUAAAUAUUGAAGUGUCUAACAAAUGGCAUUGAAGUGUCUUUAAUAAAGGUUCAUUUAUAAUA